AUGUCGAUCCGAAGACCAGACCUUUGGGCCUCACCAUACAAUGGCAGCAUAGCACGGGGCAGAAGUUUUGUACUCUCUUCUGUAAGUCACCAGGAUGACCCUAUACCUAUUGAAGAUGACACUGAAAAUGACUUGGAAGUUGGAUCAGGAGCCACCAAUCAGACUGGAUCGUUCCUACAUGAACAACGAGCAGUGUCGGUGCAGACAGCAAGAUACCUCACUAGUCCAUGGCUGACGCGUUUUGUUCCUUCAGUUUACACCUUAGUGCUUGUGCUGAGUCUCCCUCUGAACAUUACUGCAAUACUUGUGUUUCUGAAAAAUAUGAAAAUUGAAAAGCCAGCAGUAAUAUACAUGCUGAAUUUAGCCCUUGCAGAUGUCCUGUUUGUAAGCGUGCUUCCUUUUAAGAUUGCAUAUCACUUUUCUGGAAACGACUGGGUUUUUGGACCUCAAAUGUGCCGUUUCAUCACUGCUGCCUUCUACUGUAACAUGUACUGUUCAAUAAUGCUUAUGACGAGUAUAAGUGUUGAUCGCUUCUUAGCAGUGGUGUAUCCCAUGAAGUCUCUUGGGUGGCGUACAUUAACACGUGCAUCGCUGAUUUGUUUCAUCAUAUGGCUUGUAGCAAUAACUGGGGUUAUACCUUUUCUCAUCAGAGAGCAAACGAUCGAAAUACCCAAGUUAAAUAUAACUACUUGCCAUGAUGUGCUAAGAGAAUCUGAACUUCGCGGCUAUUACCUCCACUUCUUCUCCAUCUUCUCUUCUGUGUUUUUUGUAGUGCCAUUUAUAAUUUCUACUGUCUGUUACAUGUGUAUCAUCCGAUGUCUUAGUUCUUCCACCAUUGUUGCACAGCAAAAUAAGAAGACGCGUGCCUUGCUCUUGUGUGUAGCUGUUUUUUCUGUUUUUGUUAUUUGCUUUGGACCAACAAAUGUCCUCCUAUUAAUUCAUUAUAUCCAUUUUUCUUAUGACGACAGCUUAGAGUAUCUCUACUUUGCCUAUCUACUCUGUGUUUGUAUCAGCAGCAUUAGCUGUUGCAUUGACCCCUUUAUUUACUACUAUGCUUCUUCUCAGUAUCAGAGACAACUUUUCAGUCUCUUCAAUUGUAAAAACACUUUUGAUCCUAACAGUAGUAACAGCAGUGGCCAGUCAAUGUCUACCACUAGUAGAAGGGCUACAUGCUCUACUAAUGUGAAUAACAGUACCUACAGGAAAUUACUGGUAAUGCAUUAA